ACUUUUUAUAAUAGUUAUUGUGUAUGUUUAGAAAUUACAAAAGAUGAUGAGUUAAAUAGAAUAUACUGGAAAAUAUAAAAGUGAUUAAUUGAUAUUUAAUUUCCUCCAGAACACAAGGAUGACUUGGAUCUACUCGAUGAUCCUCUGCCUCUUCUUUAAGGCCAGGAGCUGCCAGCUUCAGCGUGUCCAAGAAAUUCCUAACAACACAGAGUUUUCAAUCAAUGUGACCACACACGUUAAAGCAGAAUCUGUCAAAUGCAUUUGGAUCCCAUUUCAAUUUACCUUUCCAACAAACAAAGUUACAUUCCCAUUAACAAUGACUUCGUUCAAAGGAGAUCCACAGAAUACAGCAUCUAUUAAACAGUAUUACUAUAUAGGAUUUGAGCUGAAAGGCACUUUAUCGAUAGAUGGCCUACCACGAGGAGAGUACGAGUACGGCUUCAAACUGGAGUGGGGAGAUAAUCAGACGUAUAUUUUUCCAAAGAGGGUUUGGAUCUCAGUUUCUGCAUUAACCGAAAGGCCAGUUGUUUUGGCUUCUACCCUGACGGAGGGACAAUAUGCCACACUGACAUGCACUGCCGAUCCAUUAUGCAUUAAAACACCGAAGCUCUACUGGGAAUGGACAAAGGCUGAUGGACAGUCUACGGUGCUUUGUGGUAAUCCUCCCAGUAUGCAUUACUUUGGCGGGCGUACGAAAGAGAUAUCACAUCUCUACCUCAAUCCUACAGCAGAUCAUCACAACACCACCAUCACAUGUAUGGCAGAAUAUGAUUACGACGUUGUCAAGACAACUGUCACCUUGACAGUGAAAUUUCCUCCUAGAAUCCUGAAUGGUCAGUGCACGGUUGAAGGAAAGCUCGUGGUCUGUGUGUGCAUCAGUCGGGGGAAUCCUCUGCCACAGAUCACCUGGCCUUUGGCCUCUCUCACAGACUUCUCGGUCAGCAGCUUUGACAGCAGCCACACAGUGAACAGCACCAUCACCAUGCCUGCUGCUGACUACAACAGCACCAAAUGCAUCAGCAGCAAUGAACUGGGCCGGGCUGAGAUUGAAAUUCAACACCAGAACUACACAAAGAACUCAAGGCAGAACUAUUCGUCGGAUGGGAGGCAGACGUCGGAUGCAGUUCUUCCCUGGAUACUCUCUGGGGUGUCUUUCAGUCUGAACCUGGUCCUCUUCACCAGCCUGAUCUGCACUUACAAACAGGGCAAACGUACGCAGGAGACCGUUUGUGAAGAGACGAACACCUACGCUUCCCUGAGCAUGGCAGAUGUUGAGCAACAGUAUAGUGUUAUUUCUCCACAACCCAGAUGAAUAAUGCAUGUCGUACUUUGGCUACUUAUUAGAUGUUGUUUUUAUAGAUAUAGCUUAUAUAGAGUUAUUGGUAUAUAUAUGUAUCAUAAAUGUAUAAUUCUGUGUUAUACUUUCAUUUUUGGAAAGAGCCAGCCAUUACUCUGAGAACAAUAUAUAAGGGCUGUCAAAGUUGAUGCGACAAUAACGUGUUAGUGGCAUUCAAAUUAAUUUGCAUUAACGCAUUAACGCAAUUUGUGAUGUUUAGGUUGUAUCAUAUGAAACUAUAAAACCUGAUGAAUCCAUUGAUACC